CAGGAGGCCCUGGGGCACAUGGGCACUCGGGCACUCGGGACGGAGAAGCUCAGGGACUGGAGAGUGGCUGUGGAACCCGAGAGGGAAUAAAAUACGCCUUGGUUUGGGGACCUGAAGACCAAGGUUCAAGACCAGCCCUGCUCCUUCCAGCUGUGGGGCCUUUGGCGGAUGCCUCUGGGCCUCAGCUUCCGUCCCUGUGAAAUGGGGGACCGUGGCAACCCCUUCCGCUCCCAGCCCUUGUGAGCCAGCACAGCAUGGCCCCGUGGUAAGAGGCCACGGCCUUACCAACCACGCCAUCAUCCAGGGUGCCCAUUUCCAAGGUACUCCCGGACCUGAGUGGGUGCCCCACUCAGGCGUCCACCCGUGCACACCCACCUGAGGGAACUCAGCCAGCAUGAACUGGGCAUUUCUGCAGGGCGUCCUGAGCGGCGUGAACAAGUACUCCACGGCCCUGGGCCGCAUCUGGCUGUCAGUGGUCUUCAUCUUCCGUGUGCUGGUGUACGUGGUGGCAGCGGAGGACGUGUGGGACGACGAGCAGAAGGACUUUAUCUGCAACACCAAGCAGCCAGGCUGCCCGAACGUCUGCUACGACGAGUUCUUCCCCGUGUCCCACGUGCGCCUCUGGGCCCUGCAGCUCAUCCUGGUCACCUGCCCCUCGCUGCUCGUGGUCAUGCACGUGGCCUACCGAGAGGAGCGCGAGCGCAAGCACCGGGAGAAACAUGGGCCCAAUGCACCAUCGCUCUACAACAACCUGAGCAAGAAGCGGGGCGGGCUCUGGUGGACCUACUUGCUGAGUCUCAUCUUCAAGGCCGCCGUGGAUUCGGGCUUCCUCUACAUUUUCCAUCAUCUCUACAAAGAUUACGACAUGCCACGCGUGGUGGCCUGCUCCGUGGAUCCCUGUCCUCAUACCGUGGACUGCUACAUCUCCCGGCCCACAGAGAAGAAAAUCUUCACCUACUUCAUGGUGGCCACGGCACUCAUCUGCAUCCUGCUCAACCUCAGCGAGGUCACCUACCUGGUGGUCAAGCGAUGCAUGGAGCUUCUGGGCCCCAGGCGCCGCAGGUCUCGGCAUAGGCACCGCCUACCUGACACCUGUCCCCCGUAUGUGGUCUCCCAGGGGGGCCGCUCCCACGAGGGGAGCUCUGCCCUCGUGAAGGCCAGCUCGGCCACCAUGGAAGCAGGUGGGUAUCCAUAACCUGCGGCAGGACUGGCAGGUAGGGUCCACACGUUCCGUGCUGGCCAAGGCUGCCCCACACAGGGACAAAGGCAGGCAGAUCUUCUCCAGUGAGCAGGAGAGGCCUGUGGAGACCCGAGCCCACCCCAGUGGCCGGUCUGCAAUGAAGGGCUGCAGUUCGUCUGUGGGUCCUGAGCCUAGGUGGACUUGAUGGCUAGUGGGAAUUUUGUACUUGGCAAUAGGGUGAGUCAAAACCCUUAAUAAAUAUGAUUCCCACAUACAUGCACAGUAUUUGCAGGUCAGGUGGUGAAUGAAUGGUGGGUAGGCAAGUGCAGGGGUUCACAUGAAAGUCCUGCAGGGGUCUGAGCCCCAGAACCUCAGAUCCGCCUAUCACUCCAACCCCCCCCCCACACACACAUGUGCACACGCACACACGUACAAAGCCCCCAUCAACCUCAUCUGGUGGAGCACCAGCACAUGGAGAGGAAUGACCAACAGCCCCUGCAGCUCUGCAGCCAGCUGGCCAAGGCGGAGG